AUGAAUAUGCAACAGCCGCCACAGUCGCAGCCGCAGCAGCGCUAUGCCCCGCAGGGCCCACAAAUGCGGCCAUUUUCACAACCAGGAUACCCACCCCAAUUCAUACAGGCACCUUACCGGGGACCUCGGGCCCCAUACCCUGGACCCCAAAUGGGCACUGGUGGUCCACCACCGCCCCCGAUGGGCAUGAGGCCUGGUGGACCUGGUGUACCACCACAUGGUUAUCCAGCCAAUAGUAAUACUAGCUCCUCCUCCUCUUCCUCCUCCUCCUCUUCCACGUCUAGCAAGACUUCAAGAGUUUUUCAAUUUAGUUUCUCUCUCUCUUUCUCUCAUAUAGUUAGAUUUCCUCUCCUUUUCCCUCAGUAUUGUAAUGUACUCUCUUUCUCAAUAUUCCUGCCUGAUCUUAAAUUAUCUUGUCUAUUACCCUUGGGAAACAACGUAGAACUCGUGAGUGAAGAGACUUUUUUUCUCUCUCUCUCUCUCUAUCUCUCUCUUUCUUUUUUUUUCUUUUUUUUUCUCUCUCUCUCUCUCUCUCUUCAUUUUUCUGUCCAUGGCUUAUUUUUCUCCAAUAGCAAGAACCGCGAAUCUGGAUCCUCAAAGAACCUGCAAUCCCGCCAAUCUCACUCCAAUGUGAACGGUAUGACCCGAAGUGGAAUGUCACCUGGCAUGCCCCCGCCAGGCAUGCAAGGACCAAUGGACAGAAAAAGAUCUGCCAGUAAUGACCCCAGAUCAUCACAACAGAUGUCUAAACCAAAAAAGAAAAAGAAAAUUGCCGAUAAAAUUCUUCCUCAGAAGGUAAGAGAUCUGGUUCCAGAAUCACAGGCUUAUAUGGAUUUACUUGCUUUUGAACGGAAAUUGGAUGCUACUAUAAUGAGGAAACGACUUGAUAUACAAGAAGCCUUAAAGAGACCAAUGAAGCAAAAAAGAAAAUUGAGGAUCUUCAUAUCAAAUACUUUUUCCCCAGGAAAACCAGAUGGGGAGGAUGGUGAAGAAUCUGUAUCUUCUUGGGAACUUCGUGUAGAAGGCCGUCUUUUGGAUGAUGCUGCCAGUUCUAAACUAAGUGACUCCAACAAAGUAAAACGAAAAUUCUCUUCUUUCUUUAAAAGUCUUGUCAUUGAACUUGAUAAAGAGUUGUAUGGUCCUGAUAACCAUCUUGUGGAGUGGCACCGUACCCCAAAUACUCAAGAGACAGAUGGAUUUCAAGUAAAAAGACCUGGAGAUAACAAUGUUAAAUGUACUGUCCUAUUAAUGCUAGAUUAUCAGCCUAUGCAAUUCAAGUUGGAUCAAAGGUUGGCCCGACUUCUUGGUAUGCACACACAAACCCGCCCUGUCAUUAUCAAUGCCCUCUGGCAGUAUAUCAAGACACACAAACUUCAAGAUCCUCAUGAACGAGAAUACAUUAAUUGUGACAGAUACUUGGAACAGAUAUUCGAAUGCAAGCGAAUGAAGUUUGCUGAGAUUCCAUCCAAACUUCACCCACUCUUAAUGGCGCCAGAUCCCAUCGUUAUUAACCAUAUCAUUGUGGGGCCGUCAAUGUAUAACAGGGACCGCAAGAGCAUGGACAGAAUGGAUGGGCCUGAUGCCAAGAAGACAGCUUGCUAUGAUAUAGAUGUUGAAGUUGACGAUACCUUAAAGCAGCAAAUGAAUUCUUUCUUACUCUCAACACAAAGCCAACAAGAAAUAGCCACUUUAGACAAUAAGAUUCAUGAAACAGUUGAAACAAUUAAUCAGCUCAAAAUUAACCGUGAAUUUUUCUUGAGCUUUGCUAAAGAUCCACUGGAAUUUAUUAAUAAUUGGCUCAUUUCACAGACCCGUGACCUCAAGACCAUGACUGACGUGGUCGGUAAUCCUGAAGAGGAAAGACGGGCAGAUUAUUAUUAUCAACCAUGGGUGCAGGAAGCUGUUUGCCGCUAUUUUUAUGGCAAGGUGCAGCAAAGGCGGCUGGAACUGGAGCAGGCUUUAGGGAUCAGGAAUGCAUAG